AUGGCAUCCACUCCAUCCGCCCUUCCUGGGCCGUCUAGGAUACCUCUACAACCCACGCCUGCGAAUACAUCCCAUCCCCAAGCAGGCCUGCCCACUGCCCAACAGCCGAACGGGCACCAAAAUGCACGGCCCCUCACUGGCCGGCACGACAUCCAUCAAAUCAAACAAGAACUGCAUGAUGCCCUAGGAGAAGAAGGGCUGCCGUAUUGGAAGAGCUUGAAUGCGUACUUGCUUGGGCAGCUGGGGAGGGGCGAGUUGGAGGGGAUGGUCAGGGGGUGGUUGAAAGGUGAUGGACUGCAUCUGCAUAAUAAGCUGCUAUCGUCGCUGUUGUCGAAUGCUUCCAUAUCGUUGGGCGAUUCGGGUACGGUGUCUGCUUCCCGUAAACGCAAAGGUCUUUCCGUCGACCAUGCCGACUAUGACACGGACGACACGAUAGUGGAGCCGAAAAGGAGAGUGGAAGGAUGGGUCAUGGGUCUGGGGAAGAAGGAGAGGGUGAGGGUGAAGAAGGCGUUGGCUUCUGGAGAUGCAGAGAAGGGACCGGAUGGGAAGGAUGCGUGGGAGAGCAUGGAGCAGAAGAGAUGGAGUCCAUAUUCGCAAAAUUCGUUGAUAGCCCCGCUGGCUGUUCCGAAACGCCAACUCCCCUCUUCGCAUCAACUCUCCCUCCGUCUCUCGCAAUACGCCAAAUUGCACGACGUGACCGUCCCCCCGAGUUCCACCGACGACAUCGGCGAGUUUCUCGCAGUCGGUAUGGACGCCCACAUGGCCGAUAUCCUCCACUCCACUGUCCACCUCACGGCCCGCGAUCGACCUGGAGAUACAGGUAUCCGCGUACCAAAAGGCAUCGGGUCACGAAAAGAGGGCGAGCCGCAGGACGCUGGGGAAGUACCAGCGCCAGAUCUGGAUACCUUCCGAACACUAUUCGACAUCCAUCCCCACCUCCACUCCAACCUCUCCCCAGCACUGCACCGUCUUCAGACUUCACACACCCUCGCAGAACUCGAAGGCGCCAAUCCUCUCCUCCAACCGACCACCCGCGUCCCGCAAUGGGUGCCCGUACCGAACGCUGCGCCGGUGGCCAAGCUUGUGCCUGUUGCUGAAGGGAGCAAGGCGGUGGGUCGUCCGCCGGCGAGGUCGGUGGCUGUGCAGAACGAGCUAUUGGAGAAGGGGUUGUUGAAGUUGGAUAAGGGGCGGGAAGGUGAUGGGGCGGAGGGCGGGAAGAAGGAGAAGAGGCAUACGUUGCAUUGGAGGUAUGAGGAUCCGGCGUUGAUCCUGGGGGAUAUUCUGGGAUGA